CUCUGCCUUGUCAGUCUGCCUGUCAGUGUCGUUAGAGAGGAUCUCGCAAAGCAGAUGAUUUGCUGGAUAUAGACAGGAUAAAAAAGAUCAAAGUAUUUGGAACACUUCAUUCAGAGCGCAAGAGCAACUCCUAGUGGUGAGAGUAAUAAUAUUUAUCAGCAAGGAAAGCCAACCUACAGCUGUGUCACUGCCAUGUCACGCAAAGCGGACUUGGAUUUCAUCAAAUCUAUUCAUCUUUGGAGCUACGAGAGGAGCCAGCCGAUGUUCACAUAACCUCGUCAACAGUUUCAGCCGCACCAUUUCGACUCGCAUCGACCUUCAGCAGAGACAUGAAAAGGACUAUGUCAUACUCAUAACCGUAAUCAAAAACACACCGACAAUAACAUGGAAGCCUCCCGCGCUGCCUAUGCAGGGGCUUCCCCCACCACCGCCGUCACCACCCCCACCUCCUCCGCCACUAGCCUCCUCCAGUUCUUCUGGGAGUACCAAGACAAUGCAGUCAUCGUCGAACACUACAACUACACCGGCAAGCUCCAGGGCGACCGUUACCGCGAGGGUCUGAAGCCCGAGGGCAUCGCCUUCCUGGUGGUCUGCCUGCUCAUCGUCCUGGAGAACGCCGUGGUUCUCCUGGCCAUCUGGCGGAACAAGAAGUUCCACCUGCCCAUGUAUUAUUUACUAGGGAACCUGACUCUGUCUGACCUCUUAGCAGGGAUCACUUACAUGGCCAACAUCGUCAUGUCAGGACCCAAAACACUUAAGCUGACUCCACUGCUCUGGUUCCUGCGAGAGGGCGGGGUUUUCAUCACGCUCGCCGCCUCCGUCAUCAGCCUAUUGGCCAUCGCCAUCGAGCGCCACGUGACCAUGGUGACCAUGCGCCCUUACCACGGGGCGAAGAGGGGCCGCAUGCUGGCGCUGAUCGGGGCGAGUUGGGCUCUGGCGGGCUUGCUCGGGGUUCUUCCCAUCCUGGGUUGGAACUGCAUCCACAGUUUGGACCAGUGCUCCACCGUCCUCCCGCUGUACGCCAAGAGCUACAUCCUGGUCUGCGUGACGGUGUUCAGCCUCAUCCUGCUGGCCAUCGUGGUCCUGUACGUGCGCGUCUUCCGCAUCGUCCGCACCAACACCCAGCGCCAGCGAGCGGGCACGGGCAGCCUGAGGAAAGGCCUUGCGCGGAAGUCUCAGAAGUACCUGGCCCUCCUCAAGACGGUCACCAUCGUCCUCUGCGUCUUCAUCGCCUGCUGGCUCCCGCUCUUCCUCCUCCUGCUGCUCGACUUCUUCUGCCCCGCCCGCGCCUGCCGCCUGCUCCUCAAGGCCGACUACUUCCUGGGCGUGGCCAUGGUCAACUCGCUCCUCAACCCCAUCAUCUACACGCUGACCAGUAAGGACAUGCGCAGGGCCAUCCUCCGUCUGCUGUGCGGACCCUGCCUGAUGACCAAGGACGGCCAGGUGAAGACGAUGGGCAUUCCUUUCCUGGAGUGUAGCUUCAGUAAGACGGAGGUAGCCUCUCACAGGGUGGAAGGUCUCGAGACGACCAUCUCCUCUGGGAACAUCAUCACUACGCCCUCCCCUAUCAAGGCCCUCUACCCCAAGCUCUUCAAGGCUUGAGGACAUCCCUCGGAUAAAGGGAAUGUUACAACCCACUGAGGAGCGGACACGAGAGGGGCUAGCAGGAGUUAGCAAAGCAACUUACGCAGUCUUUACAAAGAGAGUUGGAGUUGGGUUAUGGCCUACUUCAAAAACCACAGAUGUGAAGACAUUGUGUGAGAAAAACCACUCAAACACAGCAAAGGGCGCUGUGGUUCUGACUCACAUUCUGUGGAAGAGACUCAAAUGUGAAUGAAGCAACUUUCUUGUACAGACACAAAGCUCCUACAAAACUGCAAUGAAUUGCACUAAAGAUACUGUUAUGAGUUUACAUAGACAGUGGUCUUAGAAAUGAGCUCUAAGGUAGAUUUUGUUCCUUAGUCUUUAAAACAAAUCAAAGUCAAUGCAAAUGGAACCUUCCACACAAGUUUGUUUAGUGGUCAUAGCUAUUGUGUUUUGCUUUCCCCCUCAAUCAUUUUUUUCACAGAACUGGGUCACCGAAAGCUGAACCCACAUGAACCCAUCUGCUAUAUGUCUGUGCCACAGACUCUGUGGGUGCCUGUACUUCGCUGGCUCGAAGGUCCGGGUUGUACCAGAGGCAUGUGCUGAAAACCUGUACCAUGGCACAUUCGUGUGCCUAAAUAGGGCAGACAGACAAAGAAGGAGAAAAAGAAUGUUGUUGAUGCUUUUAUGCUCAGCCCUGAGAACUUUCAGCAAUAACCCAACAUUCUACAGGUGGGAGAAUGUCCAUCUGUAGAUUUGGGGUUCAGGGGGAAAACGUCCCUCCAACAUUGUUUUCAAAGUGGAUGUUGCACAGUGAUGUCAGCUUGAUGCUGUUCAAAAUGGAACGUUUGUGUGGUGGUUGUGGUUUUCUAGGUUGUGAUAACUUCUCUGAAAUGUCACAACACCCACCAGAAUAAAACAACUAGAACAAGCAAGUUACCAUGAGAUAAACUGUGGUGAUAUGUUGGGCUCAUCGGCAAAUGUAGCCAUCAUUCAUUUUUGCCUGGAAGGUUUUCCUUCAGUUAUGAUGUUAAGUACUGAUUAAUAGUAAGUAAUGGCAAAUAGGUCAUUGCCACAGCUACAAGGUCAUUGCAUUAGCUGACAGCAGAAGCAAAGAACAGAUCAGCUGAGAGACUUGUCACCUGGCGAUUAUAAAGUUACCGUAGCAGUCACUCCAUGUACGAGAAUGUACAUGCCAUCUACGAAACAAGAAGACCAGACCCAGUGGUGUCCGAUGACAUGUUCCAAACUCAACCUACUCACAAGGAUUUCCCUAUGUUGUUUGUGUGUGUACUUGAAUGGGUCUCUCCACUUGAAAUGGAUUUGGCAUUUAUCACUUAAAAUAUGUAUUUUCUCUUUAAUGUAGCCUCCUCUUAUGACUGAGCGGGUGUUGUUUUGUAUUGUACAGUGUUAAAUGUAUUUUUGUAUUUCUGAAUAACUUCAUACAAUCUCUGUAAAUGAUAUGCAUUUUGUAUCAAAACGUUUUCUAUCAUCAAUAUAACAAUAAAAGGUCUUUUGUAAAAGUGUG